AUGGUCGUCGAUACCGCCUACUACGACACCUUGGGCGUCCAGCCCACAGCCACCGAGCUGGAAAUCAAGAAGGCCUAUCGCAAGAUGGCCAUCGUCCACCACCCAGACAAGAACCCCAACGAUCCCACCGCACAUGAAAAAUUCCAGGCCAUCGGCGAGGCCUACCAGGUCCUCUCCGACACCGACUUGCGGAAAGCCUACGAUAAGUUCGGAAAGGACAGCGCAAGACCCCAGGAAGGUUUCGCCGACCCCGCCGAGUUCUUCAGCUCCAUCUUUGGCGGCGAUGCCUUUGUCGACUGGAUCGGCGAGAUCAGCCUUAUGAAGGACCUUACCGCGACCAUGGAUAUCACGAUGCAAGAGGAGGAAGAGGCCGCUGCCGCCGAGGCUGCCGCACAGGCCGCCGAGGGAGACUUCCCCGGUACUGAGGAGGCUAAGAAGGAGAGCAUGAAGGACCAGGAGAAGAGGGCGGAGGAGAAGAAGGCCGCUGCUGCUGAGGAAGAAGCUGGCCCACCACCCCCUCCAUACUCCGAGGCCGUUGCCGACGACAAAGAGACAAAGCCUACCUAUACUCCUCCCCCGGCUGCCGCCGCAGGCCCCUCGGGCACCGAGUCCCCUCUUCCUCGAUCCGAUGCCAACUCACCCGCACCCUCCUCGGCCUCUCGAAGCCGAACCCAGAUUCCCCUCCGGCCUGCCCUGGCCGACAAGUCCCACGAGGAUAUCCUCCUUGAUGAGGCUGCCAAGGGUGAACUGACAGAGGAGGAGCUCAAGCGCAAGGAGAAGAAGAAGGGUCUGAGCAAGGAGCAGAGGGAGCAGCUGGCAGCUUACGAGAAGGAGAGGGCCCGAAUCCGACAGGAGCGUGUUGAUACCCUCGCACGUAAGCUCCAGGAUCGCCUCAGCGUGUGGACGGAGACAGACAAGGGCAACGACGUCACCAGGGCCUUCCAGGAAAAGAUGCGCCUCGAGGUGGAGAACCUCAAGAUGGAGUCGUUCGGUAUUGACAUCCUGCACGCUAUUGGUCAGACGUAUGUUUCCAAGGCUUCAACUCUGCUGCGCAGUCAGAAGUUCCUCGGCAUCGGUGGCUUCUUCAGCAGGCUCCGCGACAAGGGAACCCUCGUCAAGGAGACAUGGAACACCAUCAGCAGCGCCAUCGAUGCCCAGCAGACCAUGGAGGACAUGGCCAAGAUGGAGGAGAAGGGUGGUGAGGACUGGACCGAGGAGAAGCGUGCUGAAUAUGAGCGCCGCGUCACCGGAAAGAUUCUCACUGCGGCCUGGAGGGGAAGCAAGUUUGAGAUUCAGAGCGUCCUGCGUGAGGUGUGUGACAGCAUCCUCAACGACAAGAAGGUUCCUCUCAACAAGCGGCUGGAGCGAGCCCAGGCUCUGGUCCUCAUUGGUGACAUCUUUAUGAAGGCUGAGCGUUCACCCGAAGAAGAGGGUGACUAUCUCGUCUUUGAGCAGCUUGUCGCCGAAGCAGCCAUGAAGAAGGAAGAGGAUCACAAGAAGAAGAAGGAACGCAAGCACGGCAAGGAGAAGGAGCCUUCCUCCCCCUGA